AUGGAGCAUGUUAUUGGUGGAAAGUUCAAGCUAGGACGUAAGAUCGGUAGCGGAUCCUUCGGAGAACUUUAUUUGGGCAUUAAUGUACAAACUGGAGAGGAGGUGGCUGUCAAGCUGGAAUCCGUGAAGACGAAACACCCUCAGCUUCAUUAUGAGUCAAAGUUGUACAUGCUUCUUCAAGGAGGAACGGGUGUACCCCAUCUUAAAUGGUUCGGAGUUGAAGGUGAAUACAAUGUCAUGGUUAUUGACCUGCUUGGGCCAAGCCUAGAAGACCUGUUCAACUAUUGCAAUCGGAAGUUCUCUUUGAAGACAGUUUUGAUGCUUGCAGAUCAAUUAAUAAACAGAGUUGAGUACAUGCAUUCACGGGGAUUUCUUCACCGUGAUAUAAAGCCUGACAACUUUUUAAUGGGUCUGGGACGCAAAGCUAAUCAGGUAUAUAUCAUUGAUUAUGGCCUUGCAAAAAAGUAUAGAGAUCUUCAAACGCACAAGCACAUACCAUACAGGGAAAACAAGAAUCUGACAGGAACAGCUCGCUAUGCAAGUGUUAACACUCACCUUGGUGUUGAGCAAAGCAGAAGGGAUGAUCUUGAAUCUCUUGGUUAUGUGCUUAUGUAUUUUCUGAGGGGGAGCCUUCCCUGGCAGGGCUUGAAAGCAGGUACUAAAAAGCAGAAAUAUGACAAGAUCAGUGAAAAGAAGAUGCUUACUCCAAUUGAGGUUCUCUGCAAAUCAUAUCCAUCAGAAUUCACGUCAUACUUCCAUUACUGCCGAUCAUUACGCUUUGAAGAUAAACCAGAUUAUUCAUACCUGAAGAGGCUUUUCCGGGACCUUUUUAUUCGAGAAGGAUAUCAAUUUGACUAUGUAUUUGAUUGGACUAUAUUGAAGUAUCCGCAAAUUGGCUCCAGUUCUAGAUCACGACAGUCAAGUGCAAAACCAGCUUUAAACCCUGGACCAUCCGCAGAAAGAACAGAAAGGCCUUCAGCAGUGGCACAAGAUUUUCGAGAUAGAUUCUCAGGUGCAGUUGAGGCAUUUUCUAGAAGGAAUAGUUCUGGUCAUGGUUAUGGUGAUCACUCGAGACAUAGACUGACUGAUGAUGCACCGUCGUCCAAAGAUGUGCAACCUGAUUCGGACAGGGCUCGUAGUUCAUCUAGAAAUGGCAGUACCUCAAAGAGGCCUGUCGUAUCAAGCAGCCGGCCAAGCUCCUCCGGUGAGCCUAGCGAAAGUAGGUCAAGCCGGCUGGUCUCAAGUAGUGGUCGCUUGUCCACCGCCCAAAGGAUUCAACCUGGGUAUGAUUCCAAAACAUCUUUCACCCGAACUGCAGCCGCAAGAGGCGGCCGUGAUGAUACGCUUCGGAGCUUUGAACUCCUUUCAAUCGGCACGGGAAAGAGGAAAUGA